UUAUGCAACGUUACAACAGCACUUAUGUUGUCAAGCGGGAUGGGCGAAAGGAAGAUGUACACUUCGACAAGAUCACUUCCAGAAUUCAGAAGCUGAGCUAUGGAUUGAACAUGGAUUUUGUCGAUCCGGUCGCUGUUGCAAUCAAAGUUAUCAGUGGCUUGUACAAAGGAGUGACAACUGUUGAGUUGGAUAAUCUUGCUGCAGAGACUGCUGCUUCCAUGACCACACAACAUCCGGAAUAUGCUCUUCUUGCCGCUCGAAUCGCCGUUUCGAACUUGCACAAGAAAACGAAUAAGGUGUUCUCGGAAGUUAUGAAAACCCUUCACGAGUUCCAUCAUCCUCAUACCGGAAAACACGCACCAAUGAUCAGUGAUGAGACUUGGGCUAUCAUUGAGAAGAAUGCUGAUAAGCUGAAUUCCGCCAUCGUCUACGAUCGUGACUAUUCCUACACCUAUUUCGGAUUCAAAACACUGGAGCGUUCCUACCUUCUCAAGAUAAACAAGGAGAUUGUCGAGCGCCCACAGCAGAUGUUGAUGCGUGUUUCUAUUGGAAUCCAUGGAGAUGAUAUUACUUCCGCAAUCGAGACCUAUAAUCUGAUGUCGGAGCGUUACAUGACCCAUGCGUCCCCAACUCUCUUCAAUUCGGGAACAUGCCGUCCUCAGAUGUCUUCAUGCUUCCUUCUGACAAUGAGUGAAGACUCCAUUCUCGGAAUCUACGAUACAUUGAAGCAGUGUGCUCUUAUUUCAAAAAGUGCCGGAGGAAUCGGACUCAAUGUUCACAAAAUUCGCGCCACUGGAUCUGUGAUCGCUGGAACUAAUGGAACAUCUAACGGACUCAUACCAAUGCUUCGUGUCUACAAUAAUACUGCUCGUUAUGUUGAUCAAGGAGGAAACAAACGCCCAGGAGCAUUUGCUAUUUACCUGGAGCCAUGGCACGCCGAUAUCUUCGAGUUUGUAUCUCUCCGCAAGAACACUGGACCGGAAGAGGAACGUGCCAGAGACCUGUUCCUUGCUCUUUGGAUUCCAGAUCUCUUUAUGAAGCGAGUCGAGAAGGAUCAAGAAUGGUCGUUGAUGUGCCCAUGUGAAUGUCCAGGACUUGAUGAUUGCUGGGGAGAGGAGUUCGAAGCUCUUUACGCCAAAUACGAAGCCGAGGGACGAGUCCGCAAAACGGUGAAGGCCCGCAAGCUCUGGGAGCACAUCGUUUCCAACCAAAUCGAGACCGGGCUUCCAUACAUCACCUACAAAGAUGCCGCCAAUCGCAAGUCUAACCAGCAAAAUCUUGGAACUAUCAAGUGUUCCAACUUGUGCACUGAAAUCAUAGAGUACUCUGCUCCAGAUGAGAUUGCAGUUUGCAACCUUGCUUCCAUUGCUCUCAAUCGCUACGUGACCCCCGAGAAAAAGUUCGACUUCGUCAAACUGGCUGAGGUGACUAAAGUUAUAACCAGAAAUUUGAAUAAGAUUAUUGACGUCAACUACUAUCCAGUCGAGGAGGCUCGCAACUCUAAUAUGCGCCAUCGCCCAAUCGGGCUUGGUGUCCAAGGACUCGCUGAUUGCUUCAUGUUGAUGCGUUACCCAUUCACUUCGGCAGAAGCCAGAGAUCUCAACAAACGAAUCUUCGAAACCAUCUACUACGCUGCAUUGGAAGCCAGUUGUGAAUUGGCUGAGUUGAAUGGACCAUACUCGACAUACGAAGGAUCUCCAGUAUCGAAAGGACAGCUUCAAUUUGAUAUGUGGGGAGUCACUCCAACCGAUCAAUGCGAUUGGGCCACUCUUCGCAAGAAAAUUGCAAAGCAUGGUAUCCGCAACAGUCUUCUGAUGGCUCCAAUGCCAACUGCUUCCACUGCUCAAAUUCUCGGAAACAAUGAAUCCAUCGAGCCAUACACUUCGAACAUCUACUCUCGCCGUGUUCUUUCUGGAGAUUUCCAGAUUGUGAAUCCUCACAUGCUCAAGGAUUUGGUGGAAAGAGGAUUGUGGACUGAUGAGAUGAAGAAUCGUCUGAUUGCCAACAAUGGAUCCAUUCAAAACAUUGAUGGAAUUCCAUCCGACAUCAAGGAACUUUAUCGCACAGUGUGGGAGAUCUCUCAAAAAGACAUUAUUGAGAUGGCUGCUGAUCGUGGAGCAUACAUUGAUCAAUCCCAAUCUCUUAACAUUCACAUGGCCAAGCCAAGCUACGCCGGUAUCACAUCAAUGCAUUUCUACGGAUGGAAGAAGGGACUCAAGACUGGAAUGUACUAUUUGCGUACCAAGCCAGCUGUCAAUGCAGUUCAAUUCACUGUGGAUAAGAAUGCGCUGAAAACUAACCAACAAGCUGAGACGCCAGCCACCGUGGCCGAGUCGCAAGAUGAAGGAUGCCUCAUGUGCUCCGGAUAAUCAUUUUUUCUUUCACCCGUUGAUCAUGUUUGUACAUUCCCAAAUUGCUCACUUUUUCACUUUAAUCUGUUAUACUGAUAACCCUAUUUUGCUCGCGGUUACUCAUUUUUUCUAAAGUUUUAAUGGUCAAUAAACUGACAAUCUGA